AUGUAAAGUUUACACAUAUUAUGGAUUGAUAGCCAAAGUUUCAUUAAAAUUCUUAAUGCAUUUUAAGUAUCCCCCAUAGUGAAUAUCCUCAAAAGAUAGAAUAGACAUUCUUCAAAUUUUUCAUCACCUAUUUUAUUUGUAAUUAAUUUCGCAUUUUCCCCUAGUUUAUCACCUUUCUUUCAUUACUAUUUCAUCACAUUUUAUUUCAUCCCCUAUUUUAUCAUAUGUAUUUCAUCAAAUAUAUCAUAAACUAUUUUAUAAUUAAUUUAGGUGAUAUAACUGAAUAAACAUGAUAUAAAAUAAGAGAUGUUAUUGGGGAUGGAUUCAGAAAUACAAUUGGGUAAAUUAAAAAGAUGGAAUGUGAUUCAGAAUAUCAUUUUAAAAAAGUCAUUAGAAAAAAUUGGGGAUGAAAUAGGGGGAUAAAUAUGA